GUUGAUUGUGUCGGGAAGAGUUUCGCUACUGCUCGAUGUCCCCUCAAGAUGCUCAGUAGACCUUUGAGCCAGUCUCACGAAGACUUGCAUGCGGAACCCGGUACAUCGCCGCCACACAACUGAAAUCCAGAAAGCAGUCAAUUGAUGCAAUUGAUCUCUUGUUUCAUUCGAUCUUCAUUCCACCAGGAUAGGUCUUGACAUCUGUCUACCAUGUCAGGCACAAACUUCAAUCCAAAAGACAGGACACUCUUGGCAGUCAUCGGAGACGAGGACUCCGUGACUGGUCUACUCUUAGCUGGUAUCGGAAACAUUGAUAAGCAGAGUCAGAACAAGAACUUUUUGAUCGUCGACGGGAAAACUCAGACUAGCGUCAUCGAAUCUGCCUUCCAGGACUUUACAGAGAGAAAAGACAUUGCCAUUUUACUCAUCAACCAGCAUAUCGCUGAACGCAUACGCCCCUCUGUUGACCGAUAUCAGGCGGCCUUCCCUGCUGUUCUGGAAAUUCCAAGCAAAGAGCACCCUUAUGACCCGUCCAAAGACUCUGUCCUUAAGCGCGUGCAGAAGCUGAGAGGAGACUAGAGCGUCUGCACAGCUAGGCAUCGUUCCUGCCAGAAGAUUCUGCAUCAGGGUGCCGUGCCAAUAGAUACUUUUGUACAACAAUUUGAUCCGUAAUGCAGCAUGAUGUACAGUG